CACUUAAAAAAUUAUCUAAACAUCUAUGGUUUUUGCAUGAACAACUUGCUUGCUUGAUGCUCUUUGAUAAUACGGUAUUACCAGAAGAAAAAUUGAAAAUUGCGAAAAAAAUUAAAAGUAUUGUAGCUGUUAAGAAAUCAAAUGAACAAUACUCAGUGCCUUACAAAACAAUUACUUCACUCAGUGAAGAAAAUCCCAGCGAUUUUGCGACUCCAAAUUCAUUGAAAGUUGUGAAUAAUACUGCUGAGCGAGGAGUAGCUCUUACUCGAAGAUUCAGUGAAGCUUUCACCAGCAAUGAAGAUGAACGACAAAAAGUUUUUCAAACAGACAGCAUCACCGUUCGCAACAUAAACUAUGUAGACUUAAGAGAUGCUUUUACUCUCCUAAGCAACACCGCAGCAGCCACCCAGGCCGGGUUAGUGCACGUUUGGACGCCAGUUAUUUUUUUUGAACAAGGAAAUAACAAACCCUUCAUUUCCAGGCCUGAUCUGCAGGGCGAAAUUGAGUUCUACGGAGGUUCAUACGGCACGUUCAUCAACAACACCAAAAGACAUCUACUGAUCAUACCAGAACACAGA